ACUGACGCCAUCGGCGGGCGCCGCGCAGUGACGUCAUCACGGUCGUUCCCGGCGCCGCUCCCGAUCCCGAUCCCGAUCCCGGCCCCGGCCAGCGAGGGCGGCUUGGGGCGGUCCGAUGCGGCGGCGGGCAGGAUGCACCAGAAGCUGCUGCGCAGCGCGCACUACAUCGAGCUGGGCAGCUACCAGUACUGGCCGGUGCUGGUGCCCCGCGGCAUCCGGCUCUACACGUACGAGCAGAUCCCGGUGUUCCUGAAGGACAACCCCUACAUCACCGAUGGAUACCGAGCCUACCUGCCCUCCCGCCUUUGCAUCAAGAGCCUCUUCAUCCUCUCCAACGAGACCGUCAACAUCUGGAGCCACCUGCUCGGCUUCCUGCUCUUCUUCACGCUGGGCAUCUACGACCUGACGGCCGUGCUGCCGGCCGCCGGCGCUUCCCGCGAGGACUUCGUCAUCUGCUCCGUCUGCCUCUUCUGCUUCCAGGUGUGUAUGCUUUGCUCAGUAGGAUACCACCUGUUCUGCUGCCACCGCUCCGAGAAGACCAGCCGGCGCUGGAUGGCGCUGGAUUACGCGGGCAUUUCCAUCGGGAUCCUGGGCUGCUACGUGUCAGGCGUUUUCUAUGCCUUCUACUGCAGUAACUACUGGCGCCAGGUCUAUUUGAUCACUGUGCUGGCCAUGAUCCUGGCAGUGUUUUUUGCUCAGAUCCACCCCAGUUACCUCACACAGCAGUGGCACAGGCUGCGCUCCAUCAUCUUCUGCUCCGUGUCUGGCUAUGGAAUCAUUCCCACCAUCCACUGGGUCUGGCUCAAUGGAGGCGUUGGGGCAUCCAUUGUACAGGAGUUUGCUCCGCGGGUAUUUGUCAUGUACUUCAUCGCUGCUGUAGCUUUUCUCUUCUAUAUUUCCAAAGUUCCAGAAAGAUACUUCCCAGGCCAGCUGAACUACCUCGGCUCGAGCCACCAAGUGUGGCACAUCCUGGCAGUGGUGAUGCUGUACUGGUGGCACCAGUCCACAGUGUACAUCAUGCAGUACCGACACAGCAAGCCCUGCCCCGAGUACAGCGCGGACUUGUGAGCCAAGAGGCAGCACAAGAGGAUUGGUGACUCUGGGGGCCUGGGCAUCAUGUGAAGAGCUGUGCUGUCAAGGACUGAGGCAGCUCCUUUGCUGACUCUUGGGCUGUUAUCCCCUUGCUGGAACAGAGUGUUACUGCAAGCUUUGAUAAACACAGCAGCACUGCCUGGGUCGGAGGGGUGUUUGCUUCUCAGCCAGUUCCUGCCCUGCAGUCAAGCACCCAACAGCUUUUCCUGGAGCAGGACAGCAGGAGGCUGAGCUCACUUGGCACACAGACCCCAGCAGAGUGUUUUGUUACUUGGCAGACAUGAGUGGCUCAGCCAAGGCUACUCAGGCCUGGCAGCGUGCCUGUAAAAUUGCAGGAACUGUGGGAGCUGGUCCUGGAUCCAAACCACAGCCCUGGGGGCAGGGCAUCCUUCAGCCACUACAUGGAAGAUGUGCUCAUGCUUCAGCACUGGCACAGGAAUGCAUGAACUGGAUUCAGUGGACUUCUGUCCUGCUCUGGAUGAGCUCUUUCCCAUUUCCUGGGAGAUAACAUCACUUGAGGUCCUGCACACCUAGAUCUUCAUUGUCCAUCUUAAAAAUAGCUUCCCCCAAGAGGGAGGUCGUUGUUGUGCCAUUGCUUGAAGAGAUUUCUCUAGAUCCCUUCAGUAAUCUGGAAUCAGUAUUCCAAAAUAUUCCAGGAGUAGCACUAAGCUUGUGUGCAAUCAGGGAACCUGCUGGGGAGGCAGAUUCCUGACUUUGCCCUUUCCCUGUGUGCAGGAUGAUACUGCAUUUGCAGACACUGCUGGCCAAAAAGACUUGCUUUCACAAUCCUGCCACAGUGCCAAGGCUGCUGGGAGUUUCAGGAUGUGUUGUGGAACCAUCCCUUAUGAACACCAGGGAGCCACAGAAUACACUGGUUAUUGCACAGCUGCUGCCCCUACCAUUAAGCUCCAGGGGUGCCAGUCUUCCAAACAGCUUUGAAAUCCUUUGGACUUCUGGGUUGGAGGCAAGGAUGCUGUUAGGACAAAUCCUAAGUGGCUGUGUCCUUGUGGAGAGGACUUCUCCCAAUCCACUGGGAGAGGCAGGCUCUGUAGGUUGCCCAAAGCUGCCUCCCUGUGGGCUAAGGCAGAGGAGCAGGACUUGUUUAGAGUUAGGGUGUGCCAAGGAGAUGUGGAGUAGAGGUGGCAGCUUACCAUAGGCAUCUGCACUCCAGGAGAAGGCAGGAUGGGAACUUCUUCUGAUGUGCUGGACAGGGAUGCUGUCUUUUUGGGUCAGAGGGUGGUUUUGGUGAUUUUCUCUGGGGUUUUUUAACUCCAGAAACAAGUAUUGGCAAAACUGACUCUGCAUUACUGAUUCAGCUCCCAGAGCUUUCAGCCUUUCCGUGUAAACACUGAUUUUUUAACAUUUUUUUUAACUUGACAGCCAAGCAAGUUUCAAGUGCACUAAUUACUACUACUGAAGCCUGACAAGGAACUCACAAGUGUAAAAGUCUGUUUCCAAUGUUAUGUGUACAGUAAUAUCCCAAUAAUGUGUCUGUAAUAUUACUGACUUUAGCUAAUUUGCUAAUGUAUUUUUAUAAUGGAAACUCUUAACUUCUCCAGCAGUUUUCACCAGAUAGGGAAACUGAUUGCCAAGCUGUGCAUUUUUACCUGAGACAAUUUAUCAAGCUGCAUGACUAUCUUUGAUGUACAUACUGAACUUAUAAAUAAAUUCCAGUUCAUUGGCUUUUUC